AAUGCAAUCAAAAUGCCACGCUGCUGCGUUCCUGGAUGCGACACUGGCACUAGUGCCGAAAUCGUGAGGAUGAGGAAAGCCAAGGCCAGGAAUAAAUCUACUUUUCUUCUGCCAGCGGAUUAUAGAUUAUUUAAAAAAUGGGAGAAGGUAUUAGGUUUGAAAUAUGAUACUAUUGACGGCAGAUCUGGACGAGUUUGCGAACUCCAUUUUGACGAGGCUGAUAUUAUUAGAUACUAUUAUAAACAAAUGGAAAAUGGUACUAUUCAGCAAUUUACAUUUUCUAGACCGACAUUAAAAAAGGGAAUCAUCCCUUUAUCAACACCGCGAAAAGAAGAUUUAUUACCUCAGAAUCAUAAAUAUAAGAAGAAUAAGGAUUUGAUCGAUGAAAACUUUCAGAAAAAAUCAUCUAAAGCACAAAACAAUAAAAAUGAUGUAUCUAUACAAUCGCGUGGUACCAAAAGAAAAAAUUCUUCAGAAAACGAUGAUGUACCAAUUAAAAGGCAUACAAAAAGUAGCAAUGCUGAUAAAGCAGGAAAAGCAUCUAAAAAUUAUAAAAAAAGAAAAUAUAAGAGGCAAAUCAAAACAUGCCGAAAUAAAUUGAUUUCCAAAUCUGUCAAAAAAAGGGAUUCAUUGAUCUAUAAUUUUGAUAAAUUAAAGCAUAAUUUACACAGAAAAAAUUGCAAAGUGCCAACAGGUUGGGAGUUCUCCAUACUGGAUGAUAAUACUGUUCAAUUUGUUUAUAAAGUAGAGUCUUCAAACAAUUUUUUGACUUGCACACUCAAACGUGAAACAUUUUUAGAGAUUAGAGCUUUUAAUAUAAAUGUGGCAAUAAAUUUAGAAUUUAAAUUUUUAUCUCAAGCUCAUUUACUUGAAAGUUUAAUUGAAUUACAAAAGGUUCGAUGCUGCAAAGGAAUCACAUAUAAAAGAUUCACUAAGCAAUGCAUGGGUUUUAUUCCAUUCAGAGAAAAAUAUCAAAGGCUGAAGAAUUUUGAUAGAUGCAGUAUGUGUCAGAAAGUAUGGAAAAAUAUUACAAGAAGGCAUUCACAUCAUCACAUACAGAAAGUAAAAUUUUUGCACUUGAGGACAUCGAAAUUGAAAUUUAAUGCCAAUAUUAAUAAAUAUUCAAAGAAAAAGAAAAACUUGAAAAAAAUUAUAAAGUCAAGCAAAAAGUCGGAGACAAAAUAUUUAAAAAAAAGCAUUGACAAAUAA